AUGUCGGGUCGGUCAAAAGCGGUCGCGAAAAGUGGUUCGAAAGGUUCGCGGUCAAAGGCAAAAGCCGGAGUUGAAAGUGGUAGUGAAAUACAAGUGGAAGAUGGUGCGUUUGGUGGUGUGUCAAUGGUGGCCGAAGAGAAUGUGGAGGUAGAGCAACAACCAGAUAUAACUCUUCCCGGUCAGGCGUGUAAGAUAUGUGGUGGUCCGGACACCGACGACAUGGUUCAGUGCGACGAGUGCGACAAGUGGCAUCAUUUCGCUUGCGUGGGGGUAACGAAGGAGAUCGAGAACCAGAGCUGGAGCUGUCCCAACUGUACUACGGCAAAAGGGAUCCGGCGAAAAUCUACGAUUUCAAACCAGACUCCAGCGAUAGUGAAUCAAGUCACAGACAGCAUAGAGCAGAGACCAGGAGCCAGCCAGAACCAACUAAUUUCCAGUACCCCUCAGUUGCAGCAGCGAGAACAGCAGCAACUGAAUAAAACAAGCAAGUCGGUCAAGCAGAAGGCUCUUUCGGAACAACCACCCAGAGGAUCUCUCUCAAUGGUCUCAUACGCAUCUUCUAAGAACUCGCUGCUGAAACUGGAGCUAUUGAAAUUGGAAGAGGAGCAUGCGCUUGAUCAACAAGCAGCAGCGAAGCAGCGUCUGUACGUGGAUAGGAAAUACAACAUUCUCCAACAGAUGGCAAGCCGGACGAAUGUGUACUCCCACGACAGUUUGAGUCGCGUGAACGACUGGAUAAAUGAUGUCAACAAGCUUCAGAAGGAAGGACAGAUGGUCGAUUCGGCUCCAAAACACUUCAACCCACAACAACAUUCAACGCACAACGCUUCUGACAGGGCAGAAGACGAUCGGGAUAUUUCGAAUGGGCAGUGUUCGGAACAAAAUGCAUCGCAUCGAAGUAACCAAUCGUUUUCUCGGAUUUCUGACAACGGUAGCAUACAUUCUAGGCCAAUUUCGGUGCAGAAUUCGGAAAGAUGUGGCCCUUGUCCAGACAGUCAAUCAUCCGUUCGAAUCCCCAGCCGCAUCAACAGAUCCAAUUCGAUCACCAAUCCGGACCGAGCGGAGCAGCAGCAACUUCCACAGGACAGUGGCUUGACGUACCAACGCGCAUCGAAGUAUAGUCGAUCCAUUAUACAUCGGAACGCUUUAGAACCACAACAAGCUCGUCAGCCCACCCGGGCACAGCUUGCAGCUCGACAAGCAAUAUCAAGGGACUUACCUACAUUCUCUGGUAAUCCUGAAGAUUGGCCGAUCUUUCUGUCAUCGUUCAACAGCACAACGGCGAUGUGCGGAUUCACGAUGGAUGAGAAUAUUAUCCGGCUGCAGAAGAGCUUAAAAGGACGAGCAUACGAAGCGGUGAAGAGCCGUCUGAUGCACCCCUCUAACGUUCCAGGAGUGAUGGCUACUUUGAAGAUGAUGUUUGGGCAACCUGAGGCCAUUGUGUAUUCUCUGAUCGCCAAGAUCAAUGCCUUACCACCUCUGAGGGAGGACAAGUUAGAGACUAUUGUCGACUUUGCGGUGAAUGUACAAAACUUCUGUGCAACAGUGGAUGCGUGUGGGCUGGAGGACCACCUUUACAAUGUCUCACUACUUCAGCAACUCGUCAAUAAACUGCCGCCAACGAUAAAGUUAGACUGGGCGUGCCAUCGUCGAGCUCUACCCAGGGUCAACUUGGCGACCUUCGGGGACUGGGUCUACUCUCUUGCUGAAGCCGUGAGCACGGUGGCCGUCCCUUCGAUUGUACAAGAGCAUAAGCCGGCACGUAAUGAAGGUCGCGGUCCUAAGAAGGGCAACGCUUUCUUGAACGCUCACCUUGAAUCACCUGAGCAGAUCCCGGCAUAUAAGACGCCCAACGCAGACGCCACCGACAGGGCGCCACUCGUGCCCAAAGCUCGCGUCAACUACGACUGUCCAACGUGCAAGGGUACAUGUAAAGCGGCAGACAAAUGCAAGCGUUUUCUGGAACUAUCUCGAGAUGCGAGAUGGGCUGCGGUUCGGGAAUUUGGUUUGUGCCGAACAUGCUUACGUCGUCACAAUGGGAACUGCAAAGCAAAACCCUGCGGCAAAAAUGGCUGUAUCGUCAGACACCACGAGUUAUUACACAACGACCAGAAAAACGAGCGUCCUCCACCAAAUACCGUGCAUUCUUCGUCUGUACAACCUGGACCGAGCCAAGGGCAUGGGAUCAACCAUCAUCGAGCAUCGUCGUCUGCUAUACUGUUUCGAUACUUGCCCGUAGUUCUGCAAGGAAUCAACAAGGCCGUUCAUGCCUAUGCUUUCUUCGAUGACGGUUCAGAACUUACACUUCUCGACAGCAGGUUGGCUGACGAGCUUCAGUUAGAUGGUGAAGUCAGUCCACUGUGUCUGCGGUGGACAGGAGGUAAAGAGCGUCACGAAGAGAGCUCACGAAUCGUUGACGUAGGAAUAUCAGGAGUAAACGGCAACACCAAGGUGUUUAAUCUGCGUAACGUAAGAACGGUAGGUGAACUACAGCUUCCACGCCAAACUCUGGACAUCACCGAGUUGUCGCAACUGUACCCACACUUACGAGGUCUGCCAAUAGAACCGUAUCAUGAGGCACAGCCGCGUAUCCUGAUAGGACUGAAGCAUGCACGGGUCGGUUUGGUUUUGCAAAGCAGAGAGGGUCGAAUAGAUCAGCCGAUCGCAGCUAAGACAAGGCUAGGAUGGACUGUAUACGGUGGUCAUGUCAACGAAGCUCCCCAUAUAGUCCAAUGUGCGUUUCACGAACACCACCCAGAAGAACAGAUGGACGAAAGCCUACAUCGUAGUAUGAAGGAGUAUUUCGCCCUGGACAGUCUCGGAGUAUCGAAACCGGACAACAUACUCUUAUCUAUCGAUGAUCGUCGGUCACAACACCUGCUACAGUCACUUACAAAAUUCAGAAACGGUAGAUACGAGACGGGGCUACUCUGGCGAUUUGACGACGUUCGCCUCCCUGACAGCCGCGCGAUGGCUCUUCGACGGUUUUACUCUCUUGAGAAACGCAUGGAGAAGGAUGCAGUGUUAGCCGAAGCCCUCAACCGACAGAUUGCAGAUUAUAUUACCAAAGGAUAUAUCAGGAAACUUUCGAGUCUGGAGCUCGCUCAGUCAUACGCUCGUACGUGGUACCUUCCCGUUUUUCCCGUAACAAACCCAAACAAGCCUGGGAAACUGAGAAUCGUAUGGGAUGCAGCGGCCACGGCUUACGGCCAAUCACUUAACUCCGGACUACUGAAGGGUCCUGAUCAGCUUUGUUCUCUAUUCUCCAUACUUCUUCAGUUCAGGGAGCAUCGAGUUGGGCUGACAGGAGACAUCCGUGAAAUGUUUCACCAGGUGGAUAUCCUAGAAGGAGACCAGCAGUGCCAACGGUUCUACUGGAGAGACGAGAACGGAGAAAUCGCAACAUACGUUAUGCGUGUGAUGACAUUCGGUGCCUGCUGUUCUCCGAGCUGUGCUCAAUAUGUUAAAAAUGCCAACGCCGAGCGCUACGCACAACUUUACCCGGUAGCAGCGGAAGUCAUAACGAAAAGGCACUACGUGGAUGACAUGCUGGUGAGCGUAGAAACAGAAGAGGAAGCAAUCAGUUUGGCACAGGAAGUGAAGUUCGUACACUCAAAAGGCGGGUUCGAAAUCCGUAACUGGAUUAGCAACUCUGGUCGUGUAUUGGCAGCCCUGAAGGAAGAAAUCAUCGACGAGAAAAAUCUGGAUCUGUCAUCCGAGAUGGCCACCGAGAAGGUGCUAGGGAUGUGGUGGUGUACGUCGUCGGACGCCUUCACCUACAAGGUCGGCUGGAGCCGGCAUGAUCGAGUGCUGCUAGAAGGCCAACGGUAUCCUACUAAAAGGGAAGUACUCCGGGUGCUCAUGACGAUCUUCGAUCCACUUGGACUGAUUGCUAACUUCCUGAUGUUCCUGAAGAUUUUACUGCAAGAAGUUUGGCGAUCUGGCGUUCAGUGGGAUGACCCGAUCAGCGAAUCUUCAUUCGAGAAGUGGAAGCGGUGGUUGCAGGUUCUUCCGCGAGUGGAACAGGUCACGGUCCCGCGAUGCUACCGUAUUCGGACUAGUUCCAGUGUAAAUUAUGAAGUACAGCUGCACACAUUUGUCGAUGCCAGUGAGAACGGCUUUGCCGCCACCAUAUAUCUACGCUUUGUCCAGAACAAGAUCGUGGAGUGCGUUCUAGUCUCGGCCAAGACACGGGUGGCACCACUGAAAUUCACUUCAAUUCCGAGGCUUGAACUCCAAGCAGCUGUUGUAGGUGCAAGAUUAGCACGAUCGAUUGGAGAAUCCCUUUCUAUUCCAAUCUCUAACCGUUUUUUCUGGACUGAUUCCUGGGAUGUAAUGUGCUGGAUAAACUCGGAUCAUCGACGGUACUCCCAGUUUGUAGCGUUUCGGGUUAGUGAGAUUCUCGAAAUCACUGAGAUAAAUGAAUGGCGCUGGGUGCCCACCAAGCUCAACGUAGCCGAUGACGCUACCAAAUGGACUGGUCAGCCGGAUAUGACUCCCGACAGUAGAUGGUUUAAAGGACCAGAUUUUCUUUGGCGUCCGGAGGCGGAGUGGCCACAAUCGCCGGCCAAAAGCGGUUCCACAAUCGCAGAGCUUCGCCCCAACCUUCUAUUGCACUACACGGUCCCUGAAGCAGUAAUCGAUGUGAAUAAGUUCUCCAGCUGGAAGCGACUCGUCAAUAUCGUCGGAUAUGUAUACCGCCUUCCAGCCAACUGCAAACUGCAACUCCAAGGGAAGCCGAUUGUUUCGGGUCCACCAACAACAGAAGAGCUCAAGAAGGCAGAGAGCUACCUUCAUCGCCACGCGCAACUGGAAGCGUACCAAGGAGAAGUGACUCUGUUGCGUAGGGCACAGGAAUUCCCGGAAGAACCACGCAAGCAAAUUGCAAAGAACAGCGAACUGUACCAGCUAACGCCCGUACUCGAUCAACGGGGCGUCAUCAGGAUGAAGGGUAGAACACGGUUCUGCGACUACGUAACAGAAGACGCAAAGAAUCCUAUUGUUUUACCUCGCGACCACCACCUAACCACCUUGAUCAUAGCAUACUACCACCAAAAAUACCACCACCAGAACCAUGAAACCACCAUAAAUGAAAUCCGACAGAAAUAUAAGAUUUCGCGACUACGAGUUUGCUACGCUAAAGUCAGAAGGCAAUGUCAACGUUGUAAAAAUGAUAACUCAGUUCCACGUCCUCCAAUCAUGGCCGAUCUUCCGCCAGCACGGCUCGCGACAUUCUCACGUCCAUUCACGCACGUUGGGAUCGACUACUUCGGGCCAAUGGAGGUCGUCGUCGGUAGAAGAGUGGAAAAACGAUGGGGAAUGCUCGCAACCUGUUUAACCAUUCGUGCGAUACACAUUGAGCUGGUACACUCACUUAGCACGGACUCAUGCGUCAUGGCUCUACGCAGCUUUAUCGCCCAUCGCGGUUCGCCCAGGAUGAUAUACAGCGACCGUGGGACAAAUUUUGUCGGCGCAAGUCGAGAACUACGGAAUGCCGAGUACGCUAUCAACCAACAGGCGAUAAUGACUGAGUUCGUCAGCUCCGAAACUAAAUGGUUGUUCAACCCUCCGGCUUCGCCGCACAUGGGCGGCAGUUGGGAACGCCUGAUCCGCACUGUUAAAAAGAAUCUGGCCGCCAUCUGCCCGACGAAGAAACCGACCGAUGAAGUACUCCGGAGCCUUCUGACUGAGAUUGAGAACGUAGUGAACUCUCGGCCAUUGACCCACGUUCCGAUCGAUGAUGAAUCGGACCCCGCUCUAACUCCGAACCAUUUCCUGCUCGGUUCCUCGAAUGGAACGAAGCCACUCACUGUAAACGACGACAGCGGCAUCGGGUUGCAUCAAGGCUGGCGUGCAUCGCAAGCGCUAGCCAAUCAAUUUUGGAGGCGCUGGAUAACAGACUACCUGCCAGAGAUCACCCGAAGGACGAAGUGGUUCAUCCAUACGAAACCCGUGGGUGUAGGAGACGUCGUUGUCAUCGUCGAUCCGAAACUGCCGAGAAACUGUUGGCCGAAGGGAAAGAUCAUCGAGACCUGCAAUUCCAGAGACGGUGAGAUACGGUCAGCCACUGUACGGACGGCGAAUGGCGUGUACGAGCGGCCUGUAGCCAAGCUUGCUGUGCUGGAUGUUCAGCGCGACGGAAAGUAA